CUGGAGUGAGAUGGUGGAUUUAGCCUUUCUCGAGCACCUAGGUCCCCUCUCUGCACGGUAGCAGGGGCUUGGUCACCGAAGAACUGAGGUGUGGUGCCCAAAUGCCCCCGCUCCCUUAGCUGGCCCUUCCGGGAGCCGCCUGGUGUCUUGGGCAGGAAGGGGAAGGGGCCAAAGCCGGGGGAAGGCGUGGCAGGAAGGAGGGAACUCUGUGGUCUGGGAGACGCUUGCUGAGCACAGCUGCGCCGAGCCCUCCGAGCGUCCGCGCCCCAGCCUGCGGCCCCUCAGCCCCUUGCCAAGAUGAUUCCAGCAGUGGUUUUGCUUUUACUCCUUUUGGCUGAAAAAGCAGCUGCCCUGGGAGAGCCUCAGCUCUGCUACAUCCUGGAUGCCAUCCUGUUCUUGUACGGCAUUGUCCUCACCCUGCUCUACUGUCGGCUCAAGAUCCAGGUGCGAAAGGCAGCGAUAGCCAGCUAUGAGAAAUCAGAUAGUGUUUACACGGGCCUGAGCACCCGGACCCAGGAGACGUACGAGACCCUGAAGCACCAGAAACCAGCGCAGUGAUUUCAGAACAGACGCCUUGUCCGGGGUUCUCCUAGCCCUCGUGGCUGGUAUGGCCUAUGCCUGCCCAUCAUCAGUGCCACCUGACCCUAUGCCUGUAAUGAUGCUGUGCCCCCUGUUAAGAGACCUACACUCAGAUGCUGUUUGUUAGUGUUUACAUUCUAAUCUCACCCCCUUACCUCACCCUUCUCUUCCGCAUCCCCAGCUCCUACUAAACAAUGGAAAGCGAGUACAACCAAUAAAGCCUGCGAGGACUGGA